AUGACCACCGGUAUAGAUACUGAAGUUAAAGAGUCAGUUGAGGAGAAGCGGUUGCCCCAGGUGGAUGGGUCGUCCGCGAGACAGAAGGCAAAGGCCGAGAAGAAGAAAAAGCAGAGGCAGAAGGAGAAGAAGAAAAAAGAGAAGGAGAAAGAGAAAGAGGAGAAAAAACAUGGAUGUGUUAAUGAUGUUGAAGAAGAAGUUCAGGUUGAACAUGCCGGGGGAGAGCAGCCGCGUGACGGAAAGCUUGAGAAGACUGAUACUAACAGACAAGGCAUUGGCUGCUCUACUAAUGUAUCAGGGGUGUUUGUUGUGCAUGGAGAUCGUGGAGCUUCGCAGUCGGAGCCCCAGCCAAAACAACAGCCAAAGAAGAACGAGGAACAGGGGGAAUUCCAGCACUCUCAAGAGCACGAGCACGAGAAUGAAUAUCAAUAUGACUAUGGUCGUGAAGAGGGACAUCAGGAAAGCCAUGAGAAUAGACUCAUAUGCCGUGUCCAUAGUCGCAUGUUGUGUCAGUUCAACGCCGCGUGCUGUGUACACAAACCCCCAGUCGAGUGUGGCUGCCCCCUUCGUGCAUCCUGCUGCUGCAUACAUCAUGCGGGUGAUUGCUGUUAUUGCCGGACCGAUGAGAAUGCAGGAGCAGUUACACAAGACUCAGACGACUCAAAGACACUCUCUGCUGCCGCAUCGGUCGCUGGGCCUUACACGCCUCCUACUCCUCCGAUCAGCACCCCACCCCCGGCCAGCGAAGCGAUUGACAAUACUGAUGCUCCUCGCACAGGAGACCCAACCGAAACGCCCAUAGGCUCACCAGAAAACCGCUCCGGCGUUCGAGUCAUGGUGACUCCUGCAUCGCCAUCUCCUACCAGGCCCGCCUCGCCCAUCAAGAUGCUGGGAGCCAAUCCCGAAUACGGUUUGGCAGCACAGGCGAGUCUUGAGCUGUCGAAUAGCCUCCUCGAUAUGUUGGAAUCCAACCACAUGAGCGAUAUCAAGCUCACUCUGCGCUCCAUAAAUGAUCAGUUCUGGCCGAUCGUAAUGACAGCUCACAAAUGCGUCCUUGCGCGUAGUCCACUCAUUACCUCCCUCCUUGUUGGUAGGGAAUAUUAUAAUGAGGAGAUCACAGCGGUUGCGGGCGAGAACUUCAUGAUGCUCAAGUCAUGGGAGCAGGUGGUGCAUUACCUCUACGGCAAGCCUAUUAUCACACUGGAGACUCUCAAGCUCAUCACAUUGGAAGAUUUUGGUUAUGAUCCGGUACCAGCCGGCUGUGAGCCUGAGUAUCCGUUUUCCGUGCAGUUGGCGAUGCUAGAUAUGGCUAUCGGAUACGCAGUUUGCGGCGCAUUUUUCUAUCUAACCCCCGUUGUCGAUGCUGGAUUUCGUAUGGCUAUUGAUCUUCUUAGUUGGGAAACUGUUGAGCAAGUCCUUCAAUGUGGACUUCACACGUACAAGUUUACGGUUGUCAUGCCUCAGCCGCCUUGGGUUGAAGAGGUUGAAUGCCAAUAUGAGGAGUCUGGGCAUCACACCCAGGAUGUUGGUGAACAGGGCGAGUCUAUCAAAGUAUCCGAUGGCGAUGGCGAUGAAACCAGCAGCCGUGACUCUAAGCCCGACCCCGAGAGUCCACAUCCUGCUCCAGCACCAGCUCGCACAGCUCGCAGUCCAAGCUCAGACGCUAUGGCCGUCACUUCAACAAAAGGCCUCUUUCCCACCCGGGAUCUGGAAAACGACUGGUCGCGUCGUCUUGUUUACGCAUCCCUGGAUUUUGCGUUCAGGAACAUGAAGCCAGGCUUCAAGCUGUACACUGCUGCGCAGUCGACUAUUCUCCCUGAUCGUAUCCCAGAGUUUCUCAAGACCUCACCUUCGUCGGAACAACCAGCGCAAACUGCACAGACGAAGUACCGCAUUCGAAAGGCCACCGCUCAAACAAAGUCUCAUCCCCCAUCUGCCGCGGUUGCAAACAACCCUCGCCUUGCAGACGUCAAGUUCGGCUCGUUCCCUUCCUUAGGCCUCGAGCCCAUCGCCGAAGAAGUAAUCGAUGAGAGUCUCGAAAACGCAAAAGAGAACCAGACACCAGACGAGAAAGAUGAAUCCAUCGAGAGAGUAAACAAGAAAGAUCUUAACAGCCGCUCCGCCCCAGACACACCUACUCCUUCCAGCAAAAAAGCGGGAGCUGGAGCAAGCAACGAUAAAGAUGCUGGGGGUGCAGAUGAAGCCUCUCCUCCGGUCGCGACUACAGUCCCCGGGCUUGACGUUACCAUCCCCUCUGCAAUCCUGCUCACACUGGGAUUUCAUCAACUGCACCUAGCCUUCUCAAUUCUGCUCCAGCGCGGCCUCUUGAAUUCGGACCUCGCGCAUGGGAUUAUCCUUGAGAGGGAGGCUAGACGUCGGGCGGCGUUGAAAAACUAUGCGGCUUUUUUGAUCGAGAAGGCACGGAAGGAGAAUGCGUCCGGAGCUAACACUGCCACUGCAGGUGGUGCUGCUGCUGAGGGUGCGAAAAAAGGAAAAGGAAGAUUGAAAGGAAAGGCAAGAAAGGCGCAGCGACAGCAAAAGGACACCGAUGGUGCGGAUGGUGUUGAAAAGGACGCUGGUUGUGUUGAGUCUGUGAGUAUUGGUGCCGUGUAUGUCCCUGAUGAGGUGAAGGAGUUGGGUUAUCGCGAAUUUUACAGUAACCAGAUAGUCCGUGAUCGGCGUGAGGACGGAGAAGAUGAAAUUGGGUUUGAGACUGCGCUUGAGAGGGAAUGGGUUGGGUUUCGGUAUUAA